AGCGGCGGCUCGUCGUCGGAUGCUUCGUAUCUGUCGAGCGCAGGCAGGUGUCAGAGGGGAUCCGCCGGGGCACAGCACGAGUCCGGCGCUCCUGCAAACGUGGCCCAGCUAUCGCUCGAAGCCAUGCGCAGAGACGUGGCCGGACUAGCACCCAAUAUGCAUAUGCGCGCAGCCGCACCUCACUCUCCUGCUCAGGUGUCACGUCCAGCUUACUCACAUGGCCAUAGCAUCAAGCGCAAUCUGUCUGCCCUCCUCGUCCUCUUCCAGCAGUGUCCUCACGCGCUCCCAGCCAGCCAUGAGGCUCUGCCUCUCAUCAUCGCGCGGCAGUGCAUGCAGGCCCGCCAGGAAAGCCGGCAGUGCCCUUGUGAUGGGUCGUGUGAGGGAUGGUGCCGAGGGCGCAAGCCGCAGCGCGACGCUGCGCUCGUGCGCCUGCGAGAGGAGCGUGGAGAGCGUGGAGCGCAGACGCGUCCGGUCGGGCGCCGACAUGGCGGGCCGAGGGAUGUCCGGGACUGGGUGCGCUGAAUGAACGGAGAGGAUGGUGGCGCUCCGCUGCGCUGUGGGUCGCUGGCCGGCGUGGUGGUGCGGAAGGUACUUGU